AGAAGUAUUUUAGAUCUGGCAAGCAGCUGUGGUGAUGGCGUUCAAGUCAACGAAGAAGUAACUUUAGAAGGUUAUCAACUAUAUAUAGUCGAGCAAUGGGCUUGUGACAAAAUACAAAGACCUUAUAAUACAGUCAUUGUUUUUACCGGAGAUCCAAUGCACCAAGUCAAAGCAUGCGUUAUAAACAUUGAAGAUAAAAUCGAUCCCUAUCCGGCACAGUUAACAUACCUGUUUAAUACUUUAGAGCAAGAUAAC